CAAUGUCUGUCGUGCUAGUGAGAAAAACCCCUUACCGGGGAGUGAUCAACUUCGACAACAUCUUCUAUGCCUGGAUAACCAUAUUCCAGGUUGUCACACUAGAAGGAUGGGCUGAGAUCAUGUUUUUCGUAAUGGAUGCUCAUUCCUUCUUGAGUUUUUUAUUCUUCAUGCUGGUCACCAUUAUGGGCUCCUUCAUCAUAGUCAACGUCUGCGCAGUCGUCAUCGCCACCCAGUUCUUGGAGAAUAUGAAACUGAAGUCAGAAGAGCCGAGUCCCGGUGCUGCGCGUAACACUCUGCCUCUGCUCUGUCGAAGGUUUGCCUGUUGGCUACGGAGGUUCAACAGAAGUAACAAGGUGCAACCCAAUGCCGGCCAAAAGGGAACUUUGGGAUCGAUUUUGACACCCUUCAACAAGCACAUUCAGACGUUGGUUGAGAGCUCACAAUUCGACCAUGUGAUCAUGUUUGCUGUUUUCCUCAGUAUUAUCACCAUUGCAGUUGAACAUCAUAAUCAGCCUCCUGAGAUGACAUACGUGUUAAACAUCUGUAACAUCGUUUUCACAUUUGUAUUUUUUGUGGAGAUGACGUUAAAACUGGUCGCACUCCGCUUCAAAUACUUUUUUGAUCUGAACAACAUCUUCGACUUUGCCAUUGUUAUUGUCAGUGUGUGGGAGCUAAUUGCCAAAUCAGAUGGCAGGUUGUCAGUGCUGCGCGCUUUUCGUCUGCUGCGGUUUGUGAGGCUUCUUCACUUCCUUCCAUACCUGCUGAGACAGCUGCUGGUGCUGAAGAGGACCAUCGCCGAGGCAGGCCCGCUCUGCAUGCUGCUGCUGUUCUUCACUUUCGUUUGCAGUGUACUGGGUAUGCAUCUGUUUGGUGGUCAAUUCAUAUUCAAGGACCCUCAAGGAGAUAUAAUCAUUGAGCGAAAAAACUUUGACACCCUGCUCUGGUCCAUGGUCACUGUGUUCCAGAUUCUGACUCAGGAGGACUGGAACAUGGUGCUGUACAACGCCAUGACGGCUACCACGCCAUGGACUUUCCUGUACUUUGUCACCGUCAUUAUGUUAGGAAAACAUGUACUUCUCAAUAUUCUCGUGGGCAUAGUGGUUCAGAGCUUCCAGGAAAAGGAGUCCUCAGAAUGCGUUCAAGACUCUUCUCACGUUGACGAGGAUUUCAACGACUCUGUAACCAGCUUCACCUCAGAGACAGACCCCUCGAGACCCAGCCAAUCUCCCUUAACCUCUGAGAAAGACACUGAACCAGCAAAUACCCAAGAAGACAAUAAACCUUUGACCUGUAUCCAGCAAAUGCUCCACUGGUGCAAGGAACAUGAAGAGUGGGCAUUCUACGUCUUUUCUCCACAGAACAGGUUCCGAAUAUUUUGCCAACGUUUGAUCUAUCACAAGUUGUUUGACAGCACGGUUCUCCUAUUCAUCCUGCUAAGCUGUGUCACCAUUGCUAUGGAGAGGCCUGCAAUACACAAUGAAAGCACGGAGCGAUGGAUCCUGAAUAUGUCGCGUUACGUGUUCUCCGGUGUCUUCCUGGUAGAGAUGCUCUUUAAGGUUGUAGCUCUCGGUGUGUUCUUUGGGAAGGACAGCUACUGCAGCUCUUCCUGGAACGUCAUGGAUGGUUCGCUGGUGAUUCUGUCGGUAAUUCAUAUCAUCAUCUCUCUGGCCAGUUCGGGCGAAAACAACAUGCUGGGCAUUCUCAAAGUUUUGCGCCUGCUACGGACACUUCGCCCACUGAGGGUGAUCAAGCGGGCCCCCAAAUUGAAGCUGGCUGUGGAUGCUUUGAUCACAUCCAUCAAACCCAUCGGUAACAUUGUUUUCAUCUGCUGCACCUUCUUCUUUUUCUACAGCAUCCUUGGGGUACAGCUGUUCAAAGGGAAGUUCUUCCACUGCUUGGGUCAAUACACAAAGAACAUCACCAACAAGUCUGACUGUCUCUCAGCCAACUAUCUCUGGGUGCAAAAGCCGUACAACUUUGACAGCCUGCCUCAGGCUCUGAUGUCCCUUUUUGUGAUGUACUCAAAGGACGGAUGGGUGAACCUAAUGUAUGAUGGACUGGAUGCUGUGGGAAUAGACCAACAGCCCGUGAGAAACCAUAACCAGUGGAUGCUUGUUUUUUUCAUCACGUUCAUGGUUAUGAGCUUCUUCCUCCUCGAUAUGUUUAUCGGUGUAAUGGUGGAGACCUUCGCCCGGUGUCAGCAGCAGCAAAAAAAAGAAAAUGAAGAGGAAGCAUCACAUGACCCGAGCAGGAACAAGCCUAAGAAGAUACCUACGCAGCCUCCAUAUUACACAUACUACUCCCCGAUGCGUCGCUCCAUACACACUCUGUGUACCAGCGACUUCCUUGACGUCUUCAUGACUGCCGUCAUUUUGAUCAGUGUCCUCAUCAUGGCCUUGCAACAUUACAAACAACCUCUGUAUAUAGAAUUGCUCACAGAGUAUUCGUACUAUGCCUUCACUCUCCUCCUGAUCAUUGAAAUCCUCUUGAAGAUUCUGGCGUUUGGCAUACGGAGGUUCCUCCGAAACAGUUGGAAUCAUCUGGAUGUGGCGGUUGUCUUGGUUUCCGUCGUCAGCAUUGUUUUCAUUGGGAUGGAAAUGGCCGACUGGAUUCCCAUUAAUCCCAGCAUCCUGAGAGUCUGUAGAGUUCUCAGGCUAGCAAAAGUGCUGAAGCACAAGAAAAUAAGAGUCCUCCUGAAAACAAUUAUCAAGACGCUGUCACAGGUUGGGAGCAUUUGUCUUCUGUUCGCUUUUUUUUUCUUUAUAUACGCUGCGCUGGGAGUGGAGCUCUUCGGCAACCUAGAAUGUACCGAAGAGAAUCCCUGCCUUGGCUUACAUCGGCAUGCUAACUUUGAGCAUUUUGGCAUGGCCCUGCUCACGCUGUACCAAGUGUGCACCGGAGACAACUGGAGCGCAAUAAUGAAGGACACUUUGAGGGAGUGUCGUCCCACCGACAUCGAUUGUGUGACCUACCUCUCCCACGUCUCCCCCAUGUUCUUCUCCUCCUUCGUGGUCAUGGCCCAGUUUGUACUGGUCAACCUGGUGGUGGCAGCCAUAAUGCAGGCUCUGGAGGACAGCAACGAGAGCAACCCCACUAAUUUCUGUCUCCCCCUGGAGGAGGAGGACGAGGAGGAUGAGGAGGAGGAGGAGCCGUCGGACAAUGCAGGCACGAGUCUCCGGGGCAGUGUUGGUGUUUUAAGUAAUGAGUGAAUAUUUGUAAAUGUGAUUACUUGAAGUUUGAUUCUUUGUUUCUGUACCUUUUUUUCAUAACAUGAAUAAAUAGAACUUGAUUUCCACAUGGA